AUGCGAAUUUUCUAUUACGAUCCACCCGCAUGCGAUGCGGAUGGUCCACUGUUGGUUAUCGGACUUGGUGUGAGUCGAACGGGGACUCUCAGUCUCAAAAUGGCCCUCGAGCUCCUGUUAGGACAGCCUUGCUAUCAUUCACUGGAGAUCAGUCAGAACCACCGGGUUCAUGCUGUUCGAUGGUGCAAGAUCUUAGAACGACUCAAACAAGACCCAGAGGCGACAAUCACAGCGGAUGAAAUCCAACCAUUUUUUAAGGGUUAUCGUGCGGCAACUGGUCAUCCAGCAUGUGCAAUGCAUCGGCAGUUGAUGGAGGUUUAUCCAGAGUCGAAAUUCAUUUUACCCUAUCGAGAUAGCCGCAGUUGGUUGAGAAGCAUACGAGAGACUGUCAUGCCACACAAAGCACAUUUUCCUCCUAAUUGUAUCGGUCGGUUGGGCGAACGAAUCUUGUUCGGGGCCAAAUUUAUGCACAUGAAUCUAUUAUCGUUGCACUACGCCAUGGGCUGGGGCGUGGAUCUCACAAACGACUCGCAGUGUGCACUCGCAUUUGAACUUCGGGCCGAGGAGAUUAUUCAAACCAUACCGGAAGAAAGGCUGUUGAUUUAUCGUAUGGCCGAUGGUUGGGAACCACUGUGCCGUUUUCUGAACAUGCCCGUUCCGAAUAUUGCGUUUCCGCAACUUUGUGCAUUCUGCUAA